AUACAGGCAGACAACAUGGGGAAAGGUUUCUACAUUAGUAAAGCUGUCGGGAUAGUGGGCAUCAUCCUGUGUGCCGGGGCCCUGGCUACCAUCAUAGCUCUGUCUGUUGUUUACUCACAGGAAAAGGCAAAAAAUGAUAAUCCGGUCUUGCCAACGGAUGGAGGAACAACAUCCAAACCCACCGUCACACCGUCCAAUGAACCUUGGGACAUGUAUCGGCUGCCCAAGAGCCUGGUGCCGGACCAUUAUAAUCUCACCCUGUGGCCGCGGCUGACUCGAAAUGAAACAACUAACCUCUACAUCUUUACUGGUAACUCCAGUGUGGAGUUUGAGUGCACUGAGGAGACCGACCUGAUUCUUAUCCACUCCAAUAAGCUGAACUACACCACAUUGGAGAAUGACCGCUUUGCAAGGCUCACCUCUGUCAAUACUGGGGUCAAAGCCCCCUCAAUCAAGUCUUCCUGGCUGCAGGAUGAAACUCAGUACCUGGUCCUACAGCUGGAUGGUAAACUGCUGAAGGACCACUGGUACCACCUCUACACUGAAUUUACUGGAGAGCUGGCGAAUGACCUGGGAGGCUUCUAUAGGAGCGAAUACUUAGAGGAUGGAGUGAAAAAGGUUGUUGCUACUACUCAGAUGCAGCCGACAGAUGCCAGGAAGGCUUUCCCCUGUUUUGACGAGCCAGCUAUGAAAGCUAUUUUCUACAUCACGCUGAUCCACGACCGUGGAGCUGUAGCCCUGUCCAAUGGCGAGGAAAAAGAAUCAAGCAAUGUCACCAUCAACGGUCACAAUGUGCAGCAGACAGCUUUUGAGCCAACAGAGAAAAUGUCCACUUACCUGUUGGCAUUCAUUGUCAGUGACUUUGCCUUCAUCAAUAACACCAUUGAUGGAGUUUCGAUCCGCAUCUUCGCCAGGAAGCCUGCUAUUGCUGCUGGGCAAGGACAGUACGCACUUAACAAAACUGGACCCAUCCUUAAGUUCUUUGAGAAAUAUUACAAUUCCACGUACCCUCUGCCAAAGUCUGAUCAGAUAGCUCUCCCAGACUUUAAUGCUGGAGCCAUGGAGAACUGGGGUCUGAUCACAUACAGAGAGACGGCACUGCUGUACGAUGUGGCGUUCUCCUCCAACUCCAACAAGCAGAGGAUUGCGACCAUCAUCGCUCAUGAACUGGCUCACAUGUGGUUUGGUAAUCUGGUGACCCUGAGGUGGUGGAAUGACUUGUGGCUGAAUGAAGGCUUUGCAUCCUAUGUUGAGUACCUGGGAGCAGACGAGGCUGAACCCGACUGGAACGUGAAAGACCUCAUCGUGCUCAAUGACGUCCACAGGGUGUUUGCCGUCGACGCCCUGGCCUCUUCUCACCCCCUGUCCUCUAAGGAAGAGGAUAUCCAGAGACCAGCACAGAUCAGUGAAUUGUUCGAUGCCAUCUCAUACAGCAAGGGAGCCUCUGUUCUGAGGAUGUUGUCGGAUUUCCUAACUGAAGAAGUCUUCACAAUGGGACUCAGGACCUACCUGGAUGAAUUUGCGUAUGGGAACGCAGUGUACACAGACCUGUUCGAUCAUCUCCAGAUGGCUGUUAAUGCUAAUGGCACUCAACUUCCUGACACUGUCCAUAACAUCAUGGACACCUGGGUGCUGCAGAUGGGCUUUCCUGUGGUUACCAUAGAUACCAAGACUGGGGUCGUAAUCCAGAAGCACUUUCUCUUGGAUCUAGACACUUCUCCCUUCAAUUAUAAAUGGAUUGUUCCAAUCAAGUGGAUGAAGACUGGAGUCAUCCAGCAACCCCAGUGGCUGAAGAAUGAAUCAGCCACAAUUGACGUGAUGAAGGCAUCAGGUGAUGACUGGGUGCUGGCCAACCUUAAUGUGGUGGGCUACUACAGAGUCAACUAUGACGCGGACAACUGGGACAGACUCCUAAAUGUCCUAAGGACCGAUCAUAAGCUUAUUCCAGUGAUCAACAGAGCUCAGUUGGUAGAUGAUGCCUUCAACCUGGCCAGAGCAAAGAUCAUCCCUACAGUACUGGCCCUCAAUACCACCAAGUACCUCGACAUUGAGAGAGAUUAUAUGCCCUGGGAGUCAGCCCUGAGCAACCUGGACUUCUUCUACCUCAUGUUUGACCGCAGCGAGGUUUAUGGUCCCAUGCAGGAUUAUCUGAGGAAUCAGGUCACCCCUCUGUUUAAUUACUACAAGAACAUGACUGACACCUGGAGCAAAGUACCUGAUGGACACAUGGACCAGUAUAAUCAGGUGAAUGCUAUCAGCCUGGCUUGCAGGACAGGCCUUGAGGAAUGCCAACAUCUGACCAAGGCAUGGUUCAAACAUUGGAUGGACACCAAUGAAAACCUGAUCCACCCCAACCUGCGCUCCACUGUGUACUGUAAUGCCAUUGCAGCAGGUGGGGCUAAAGAGUGGGAGUUUGCUUGGAAACAGUUUGUCAACUCCAACAUUGCCAGUGAAGCUGAAAAACUACGCUCUGCCCUGGCCUGCACGAAGCAACCCUGGCUGCUCAACAGGUACCUGGAGUACACUCUGGAUCCAGACAUGAUCCGAAAGCAGGAUGCCACCUCCACCAUUGUCUACAUAGCCAACAAUGUGGUUGGUCAGUGUCUGGCGUGGGACUUUGUGAGGGCUCAAUGGUCGUUCAUUUUCAAGGAGUAUGGUGGCGGAUCAUUCUCCUUCUCCAACCUCAUCAAUGGAGUCACUAAGCGUUUUUCCACUGACUUGGAGCUUCAACAGCUGAAGCAGUUUAAGGCAGAAAACAGCGAGGUCGGUUUCGGCUCUGGGACCCUGGCACUGGAUCAAUCCAUUGAGAGAACCAUCAGCAACAUAAAAUGGAUCACAGAGAACAAGAAGAAUGUUCUGGAUUGGUUCGGUGGUGAAGCAUAAUAUGACCAUCUUCAAAAUAAAUGGGAUGUAAAUUUG